CCCGUUGUUUACAAAACCAGCAGUCAGCAAGUUUCUGUUUUGGCUUGUUUUCUUCAAUUCUUGCCUUAAUUAGGCUGCUUUUUAAAAGAAAAAAUGUAUGGCCCAAGUCCAAAAAAGAAAGCUAAAGCAACUGAUUUACCAGUCUGUCCAUAUGGAUCGAAAUGUUAUCGAAAAAAUCCACAGCACUUCAAAGAAUUUUCUCAUGCAGACGACGUCGACGACAAUAAACCAUCCUCAUCAAAACCAAAAGAUGCCUUACCAUUAGUUGACAGUACCUCACUUCCAGUUUGCAAAUAUGGAGCCAAUUGUUACAGAAAAAAUCUGUUACAUUUUGCUGAGUUCUCCCAUCCAACAGCAGUGACAUCUACAGACAUGACAGACAGUGGAAAUGACACUGACCCAUUGUCAGAUGAUGAUACUGAUGACAAAAAGAAAUCACCAAAGAAAAAAGUGAAGGGUGUUGACAUUUUAAAGAGAGGGGUUUCCCUUGUGAAAAACUAUUCACAGAUGUCAGAAGAAGAAAGAAAAGAACUGAUUAAAAAAGCCAUGGCUGCAAAGAAACAGCUAGAGGAAGAAUUACAAGCAACAAAAAAUGAAGUAAAGAAGAAAGACAAAGAAUUGAAUAGGUUACAGAAAGAGGUUGCAGGGGGUGCAUUAUUGAUGGAGGGAGAAAAAGAAGCAAUGGAAGGAAACAAGGUUGUGUACUUUGAUUUGUUUCCUGAGAGAUCAUAUAAAGAAGGAUCAGCUGCACAAACUCACUUUAGACUUGCAGAGUCACAGUUUUAUAGGCUGAUCAGUGGCAGUGGAAAUAAUUACACAGUGACUAAAGUACAGUAUGCUGUCAAUCCACCACUUGUUAAACAGUUCCAUGAAUCAAUGGAUGAUUUGAAGAAACAAAGAGGAGAAGAAUUAUCUUUUCCAGUGCUUGCUUUUCAUGGAACUGAACAGAAAAAUAUCAAACCUAUUGUUGAAAAUAAUUUUAAAGUACCAGGUGAAAAAGGAUUUACACAUCGUACAGAUACUGGCUGGUAUGGUAAAGGUGUUUACUUCAGUGAAUAUCCCUCUUACUCUAUGGGAUACAUUUCAGGAGCGAGUCAGCUCCUUCUUUGUCAGGUUUUGCCAGGGAAAGUAUUCAAUUGUACAAAACUGAUCCAUGGAGCAGAAAUGAAAAAAGGAUAUGACUCGCAUAUGUCACCAGAUAAGAAAGAAUUGGUGGUUUUCAACUGCCAUCAUAUCAUCCCAGCUUACAUUGUGCAUUACACUGGAUCAAAAGGAGACUUUAAAUAUAAGGCACCAACAGGUAAAGGAGGGGCAUCAUCUAACAAAGCUUCUGGUGAUGAUCCACCUGAUGAUAUCUGUGAUGAGGCAAAGCUGGCUGAAAAAGGAUUAAAUGCAUUGUGUGCUAAGACCACAAAAGUAUUUAAAGGUCAACAGAUUACAUUUUCAGGCAUCUUUCAACAUACACAAGCAGAAAUGUAUCAAUUAGUUGAGAAACAUGGUGCCAAGAAAGGCACUGCUGCUUCAUUUAGUUUUUUGAUAGCAAGUCUAGAUGAAUACUCUAAUGGUUCAAGUAAAUGUGCACAAGCAAAUAAGAAAAAUGUGCCAAUUUUAGGAGAGAUGUUUGUUUAUGACUGUAUACUUCAGAAGAAAAUUUUAGAUCAAGAUGAUUACAAUAUGGACAUCUUAUGUUGAAGUGUAGGAGUUUAAAUUAAACCUUUUAAUUUAUUAUUUACCCACACUUAGGAAGUAAGAUACUAAUGAACAUAUUAAACAUUAAAUUUGGUAAGAAGGUUUGUUGACAUUGAUGAGUUGUAGUGUGUUUGAAUUUUUCUGAUCAAUCAGACAUCUACUUCAUUUGUUGAAACUAUGAAUUGCAACACAUUGUGUUUUUAGGGUUAUGACCACAAAAUGAGCGGUUACUGUAUUGGAAGCUGUGUUAAAAUAUAUUUAAUUAAUGUCCUGAUACCAGUUUAUAGAAGAAUCAAUAGCUUAAUGAGUUGUUGGAAAAGAUAACCAUCAUGAUAUUUUAUCACUAAGCAGUUAAAAAUAUCUUAUUUGUUUUAGGAGAACUGGUGAAAACUUUUUUUUUUUUAUGCCCCCCUUUUCCUCAAAGUUGGCAUCAAGUUUUACCCAUUGACUGUCAGUUCAUCUGUUUUGCUUGCCUCAGCAAAUGUUAAGAAAAGUAUACACAAUGUUUACCGGUAUUACUACAAAACAUAGAUCAAGUGGAAAUUUGGUAGUUUCAUGGUUCUUGAAUUAUGUCCCUUUUAUAGAUUUAUAUGCAAGUGAGGCAUUGUUUGUAUCCUAUGGGCACAUUGUCCAUUUAUUUUUGUUAUUAAAUAAAGUAAAAUGUUUGUAAGAUAACACAUCAUUUUGACCAAAUCAAAGUGGUGGGGAAAAUGAUAAAAAAAAUAUCAGUAAAAAUCUAUUAACAUGAGUUAGUUAUGAGAAUUUAUGGAACUAACAUUAAAUUUGAUUGAUUUAGCCUUAUUACUACAGUUUUAUAAAAGUAAUUAUUUGUUGUGUUUUUGUUAAAGGCAAUUUUGCUCUGUAGGUAAACAAUUUUCAGUAAGAAGUUUAUGAAGCUUAGCUUGAAAUGUUUAUAAUGGGAUAAAUAUGUAGUGAGAAACUGAUUUCAAAUAUAUAAAUUAUAGAAUGUCAACUCACAUAUGUCUUGUCCAAUUUCCGUGUCUUAACAAUGAAAACCUUGACGGCAGCUAUUUGAAUAACAUGCUUGAAAAUUUCAUUUUCGAAGUAAGGUAGAUUUUUUUUUGAAGAUAUCUCAUUUCAAUUACUCAUUUAAUGUUUGUAUUUGAUUUUGGUUGAUCCAGGAAACAUGCAUAAUAUUCUUGCAAUUAUGUUGACAUUGGUUAAAAAUAGAAUUGUGGGGUCCUAAAAAUUAGCAUAGUUCAUUCUUUUAGUAGGUAUUAUGCAAUCAAUCAUACUACCAGAUUCUUGUAUAAUGAUCAGUGCUACAGUAGAAUGCUUAGGGUAGUGAUAUAGUAGCAGUGUAAUUUUUAUUACUGAAGUUCAAUUUUAUGAAAAUUUAGAGCCAAUAUGAGCCCUUUGUGAAUCUACUCCUUGAAAAAUUACCAUAUACAUGUAUAGUUCCACAUCUCUGUAUUAUAAUAUAACAGGAAACUUUGUUUUGUUGCAAAGACAAUUUUGAUUGUUAUAUAUAUUGGAGCAAGUGGAAUUACUCUCCAAAUGUAAAUUGAUUAACAGGUUAAAAAUCACAGGGUUAAUUCCUGUCUGUUUGUUUAAACCAGUCUAAAAACUUUCUCCAUGUUUAUUGUUUUGUUAUUUUAUGAAUAUAAAGGAGAAACUAUUUAUCCAUCCAUGAACUCAUGAAUAAAGUGAGGGUACAUGCAUUAAAAGUGCAUAUUUUUAUGAAAAAUACAGGUAAAUAGUUGAAUAUUCAGUUCUAUUUGUUACUUAUUUUAUAUUGUUAAGUUUUUGAUAGAUCAUAUUUUUAGGGAAAGAGGUAAAUGUAUAUGUAUAAAAUUGUUAAGGUCUGAAUAGUAUAGACAUCUUUCUCAUGAUUUAAAGGGUUGUGAGAAAAACUUGUAGUAUAUUUUGCAGAAAAAAAAUGUCAAUCUAAUAACCCCCCAAAAACUGUAAACUUAUACCCUUGUUUGCAAGCAUUUGAACAAAACGGUGUUGACUAGUUAUAAUAGAACAUGCAUACAGGUAUAUAACAUUUUUAUUGCUUUAAAUCAUAUUUUUUAUCAAAGAUGUAAAUUUUAAAAACUUUACAGAUAUUGAUGAUUUGAAUUUGUUAAUAUAUGUCAUUAUUGUGUAUUGACAUAUUUUAUUAUUAUAUUGUCAUAAUUAUAAAUGCUUGCUAAUUUAUUAUAAUUUUUUCAUUAAUUUAUAUGUAUAUUUUUAAAAAA